AUGACCCUCGUUGACAGCGAGGCUGCUUUUGCAGCUAGGUGUAAGGAGAUAUGUGGCGACGAUUCCCUUCACACAUUGCUGCAAGCCUCGGGGGUGCGAACUCACUCAGCCUUGGCCUUCAGUUGUGGAACUCCGAAGGCCCAACCCACAGAAGCAGAAUUCAAGUCCUUUGCUGAUUCCGUUGUCCAAAGCCCAGCGUCCAUAGGCCGCGUGAGCCAGCUAAAAAGACUCCACUUCGAAUCCUCGACUUUGGUCAUUGCCCAGUUGCGCGCCCUCGUAGAAGGGGAUUCAACAGAAGCCGGAAAGAGACUUCCAGCAGCGGAGAAAUCCGCCCGACUUGCGGAUGCCAAGAAGCGUUUGAAAGGCCUCGUCAUCGAGGAUGAGAUGGAGCCAAGUCAUGCCCUCAUUGACGCAGUUGCCCACAUGGGCGAGUCAAAUGCGGUGGUUUGGAUCCCACCGUCGAAGUGCACUAAGAGGGAUGCCGAACUCAAGCUGGGGCUUCGCGAUAAGCAAAAGUACUUGACUGUGCAGGAGCAAUCAGUCACCUUGGCCCCGGCUCCCGAUAAAAUCGUCGCUGAGCAUGGGACUCCCUUGGAGGUCCAAUGGUGUCUCCAGCGCCGAGGCUUGGCUUUCUUCAUGUGCGGCUUCAUGGAGUGGGAGACUCACGAGAAGUGGGUCGCGUCUCUGCUGAGAUGUUUGUCCUCGGAUGUUCCUCCGGGAUACGCGCCCAUUUCAAUGCAGCAAAUUUUGCGUGCAGAUUCUGAGAUCUUCUUGCUUUUAGCACGUGAGGUCAAGCGCGUCAAACCUGACAGCAGUGGUGUGAUGGAGAUGGGUGUUCUCAUGAAUCGGUUCCGUCAUGACCCUCGGAUCACCACCUAUCUCCAGCCGCUUCAGCGUGGAUCAGCCUCUCAGGGAGUCGCUUCGCCUAGUCUCGCAGGUGAGGAGUUGAAGUCAUGUCCGUAUCAUGCUGAUUCUUCAGGCCACCGGUUCUGUUGGCAGUUCAAUCUCGGUAAGUGCAAUGCCGAGUGCAAGGGCAGUCCGCCUGCUUGCAGCCGUGGGGUUCACGGUUGCAUGACGUGCAGGCGCUUAGGCCAUGGGCAUUCCGCUUGCUGGUUUGCCCACGCAGGCAAAGGCAAAGGCAAGAAAGGCAAGGGAAAGGGCGACAAGAGUGAUUCGUCUUCCCCAAAGGAGUGA